AUGCGCGCUCUAGUCUUUCCACAUCCAGCCUCCCCCUCACCCCUCCCCUCUCUCCCCCAUCACCUUCUCCGCAUCCUCUCCUCUCUCCCCCAUCACUGCAGCAGCGCCAUCUCUUCACAUUCACGGAUAAUCACGGAUUCUCCCGCGGUCCCGCAGCGCACACCGGACCCUCUCACUCUCUGUUUAGAUAUCCACGAGCGUGGAUCGAAAUGGAGCCAAGGACGCAGCGACCUCUGCUGCAGCAUCAGCAUCCCCCCAGCUCCGGCUUUCUCUUCUUACUACGAUCCUUCGCAUCAGUCCAACCCGGGAAUAGAGCGUCAAUCUUGGGUGCACGUCCACCCAUCUCCCCCUGACUUCCUCCAGGACUCUUCCACCAUCACACACUGA